AAACAUUUCUUUCGCUUAACUCUUCAUCUCUCACACACAAACACACACACAAACACACAAAGCAAAGAGAGUAGUUAGAAGCUGAUGAUGAGAAGUAAGCAGCUGAGAAAGACCUCCCUCCCUCCCCGCCACCACCGACAGCUCCAUCCCACCAAAUCCAUCUCAAAAUAAUCCAAAUCCCCUCAACAAACGAAAUCCGCCUCCGUUUAUUAAAAAGAAAAGUAAGCCCCAUCGAUCAUGUCACUCUUCUCCCAUCUCCUCUUCUCCUCUCACAUCCCUUCUCCACCAUGCAGCCCUCCCUCCGCCGCAAGUUCUCCUCAGCCGCCGCCGCCGCCUCCUCCUUCUCCAUGAAGCCCGCCGCCGCCGCCGCCCGCCGCAGCGGCAACCUCUCCGCCUUCGUCGUCAUCCUCUCCAUCUUCCUCUUCGGCUGCUUCAUGUACAACGAGGACGUCAAGUCCCUCGCCGAGUUCCCCUUCUCCUCCUCCCGCCCGAGGGCCCUCGACACCCAGACCACCACCGUCUCUGUCGUCAUGAACGCCAGGACGGUGGUGGAGACGGAGGUCGAGGGCGCGGUUUCCGAUGAUGGAGUGAAGGGAGAGACCAAGAUGAUUCAGUUGCCGGUGCAGGAGGAGGAGGAAGACGAGGAGGAUGGGGUGGAGAUCCCGCCGGAGGAGUGUGAUUUGUUUGAUGGGAAUUGGGUUUUUGACAACACUUCGUACCCAAUUUAUAAGGAGGAUCGGUGUGAGUUCUUGACGGCGCAGGUCACUUGCUUGAGGAAUGGAAGGAGAGAUUCUUUGUAUCAGAAUUGGAGAUGGCAGCCUACAGAAUGUUCUUUGCCCAAAUUUAAGGCAAGAUUAUUGCUUGAGAAGAUGAAGAACAAGAGAUUGAUGUUUGUCGGGGACUCGUUGAAUCGGAAUCAAUGGGAAUCGAUGAUUUGCUUGGUUCAAUCGGUAGUCCCACCGGGCAGGAAGAGCUUGAACAAGAAUGGUUCCCUAUCAGUUUUCAGAAUUGAGGAUUACAAUGCCACAGUGGAGUUCUAUUGGGCACCAUUCUUGGUGGAGUCAAAUUCGGAUGAUCCAAACAUGCACAGCAUCUUGAACAGAAUUAUCAUGCCUGGUUCAAUCAAGAAACAUGGCAAGAAUUGGAAGAAUGUGGACUACCUCAUUUUCAACACAUAUAUUUGGUGGAUGAACACUUUUUCCAUGAAAGUUCUACGAGGAUCGUUCGACAAAGGCGCAACAGAGUACGAUGAAGUGGAAAGGCCCGUAGCUUAUGGGAGAGUGAUGAGGACUUGGGCAAAGUGGGUCGACAAAAAUAUUAAUCCCAAUCGCACCAAAGUCUUUUUCAUGAGCAUGUCUCCUCUUCACAUCAAGAGCUUGGAUUGGAACAAUCCAGACGGCAUCAAAUGUGCUAAGGAAACAAGUCCAAUUCUAAACACGACGAUGCCACUGAAUGUGGGGACAGACCGCAGAUUGCUAAGGAUAGCAGCGAACGUGACAAAGUCAAUGAAAGUGGGAGUUAAUUUUGUAAACAUAACGAAAUUGUCAGAGUAUAGGAAAGAUGCACAUACUUCGGUCUACACGAUACGACAAGGGAAGAUGCUGACAGAAGAGCAGCAGGCCGACCCGGCCACCUAUGCCGAUUGCAUCCAUUGGUGCCUACCGGGGCUGCCCGAUACAUGGAAUGAGUUCAUUUAUGCUCGUAUCAUAGCCUCCUCUUGAUCUAACACAAUACUCAUCACCUAAGGUGUUACAACAGAUUUUGUUCCCCUACUUUUUUUUUCUUUUUAUUAUUGGGUUUUUUAUAUAUCGAUCAUCUAUUUUUUUUUCUUCAUGCUAAUGCGAUAGAUCAUGGGCCUUUUUGCCACCUAUUUUUAGCUUAUUCAUUUUGCUUCGCCCACACUCAAUUGUAAAAGAAGUCAUAUUAAAAAAUAAUAUAAACUGAAAGCGAAUAACUA